AGUCAGUUUGCGCCGGCAGCCGAAGGAGGGAGUGUCGCACUGCGCAUGCGUGAUAGCCUCGACGAUUGUCAAAAUUCGAACGAACGUAAAUAAACAAGUGAAAUUUUUAAAUUGUGCCAAAACUAUACGUUUUUGUAUUGAAAUAUUUACACGGACAUAUUUAAAGUGAUAUUGUAUUGUGAGAUUUUGUGCAACGAAUUUGCGAGUCUUUGGUUAGUCCUUCGAGAUCCACCUUUUGUCUCUUGAAUUUUACAAAGUGAUGAACCAACGACAUUGAACAAAUAUGCAUCUCCAAAUAGUCAUAGCUUUAAGUGCUAUUCUUGUAUGUGAUGCCAAACUGCCAAGGUUUAAGCAGUAUGCGCAGCCAAAUGAGUUGCCAGCGAACCCAUUACACUCACAAGCUUUAGGGCAGCUACAAGCCCAAUCUAAGACAGAAAAAACUAGUCGAAUAGUUGAUCAAUACAGAGUGAGACAUCGGAGAGAGGUAUUCGAUUCAAAUUCGUUUGAAUCAAGUUUGACAUGGGCACAUUCGGAGAGACUGGAUCAGAAUGGCGACGUGGUUCUUCGAUGGGUGAAUACUGACUCGAGUAUAACCUUCAGAUUGGAGGCGAAGACUCUUGGCUACGUCGGUUUGGGUUUCAAUUCGGCGAGGAAUAUGAGAGGUGCGGAUCUGGUGGUCGCUUGGGUGGAUGACAGGAAUGGGAUCGCGCAAGUUUUGGACUGUUACGGCUCCGAAUUCGAAGACCGAGCGAUCGCAGACGACGUGAAGAACUAUGAACUAAUAACAGGGUAUCAGAACAACACACACACUACUGUGGAGUUUAGGAGACAGCUUGACACGUGCGACAAACAAGACUUCGUUAUUAGGGAUGACACAACACAAAUCCUUUGGGCGCUAGGACCGAACGAUUCUGAUGGACAGCUACCGAAGCAUGUGAAGAGUGGCGCCAGGCCUCUAAGACUGCUGCAGCCUGUAUCAAAACCUGACUCCAUACCUCUUAGCCAUUGGGAUGUUAGGUUGACUAAUCUCACAAUCCCCUACGUAAUGGCAACGCUAUUCUGGUGCAAGAUCUUCAAAGUGCCGGACCUACCGAAGAAGCACCACAUAAUAGGCUACGAGCCCCUUAUUGACAGCCGACCUAUCAGGAAUAACACUCCAGUGGAAGAUCCUAACAGCAUGUCGCCGGUCCAUCACAUGGUUCUCUAUGAGUGCGUUCACGAUGAUGAUGUGGAUCUCUGGAAUGCGUGGGCUGAAGGCGAUGGGUACUUCGGUCCGAAUAGGCCUAGUGGGUUGGCGACCUGUGCUACUCCUAUCGCGGCUUGGGCUAUUGGGUCUCGAGGUGAAUUCCUUCCUGAAAAUGUCGGAAUACCGCUGGGUGAGAAGGGGGGUGUGUCGUACUACAUGCUUGAGAUUCAUUAUGAUAACCAGGAAUUGCAUAACGUUCUGGACAGUUCAGGUAUCCGAGUCCACUACACAUCAGCUCUAAGGCAGCAUGACGCCGCACUCCUGGGCGCCGGUAUUGGGGUGUCAGCUCUCCACGUGAUCCCACCAAAACAGAAGCACUAUAGAACUGUUGGCAUAUGCAGCACUGAGUGUACUGAAGCGACUUUACCUGAAGAAGGAGUAAACAUUGUAUCGGUUCUGCUACACGCUCACGGCACAGCAAGGAAGAUUUCUCUCAAGCAUAUCAGAGGCAACCAAGAACUACCAAGAAUAUCAGAGGAAAAUUCUUACGACUCCCACUACCAACAGUCUCGCAUUGUUCCUCGUGGAAGGAAAUUCAUGAGGGGAGACACUUUGAUUACUGAAUGUACUUACGACAGCACUUCAAAGGACAAACCUAUUUUGGGAGGAUAUUCGGCUAAACAGGAAAUGUGCCUAUCCUUUAUCCUCUACUACCCACGAACGAACUUGGCUGGCUGCUACUCCAUGACACCAGUUAAAGAGUUCUUCGAAACGUUUGGAGUCAAACAUUUCUACGGAUUGAACUUCACACAAGUCGAGAAUAUCUUCCUUUCUUCUGGAACCUUCGAAAACCUACCAACACUGUCAGAUGCUGAGGCCUCGAAGCACGCGAUGGACCUCACGAACGGAGAGCAAGGAGUCCAGGGUGACGACCAAGGAGUCGGUUUGAUGAAGGAACUAGUAAUCUGGGAGCCUCCAGAAUUCCGCAACAAGUCGUUCAUGGCGCACUUGAACGAGAUGCCGUGGGCCGAGCCGCUGCUAACCGAACAGAUUGAGAAGACGCUCUACAAGGGCAUGCACAUGACCUUCUGUAAGACGAGGAACGAUGCUUGGGGAGUGCCAAUACAAAUACAGAGCUACCCGAACUACACAGAGUUGACGGACAAUGAAACAUCAGAAAAAUCCUGUCACUACAAAAGCGUGAAUUUGCCGUCGGUUACAAAAACCUCCGGCUCACAAACCAACCGGUUUAGCUGGUUGACGAUAGCAACCCUUUGCACAAUACUGGUUGUUGCACGGUAAUAAAGGACCAUGUUAUUUAAAGGUGGGAACAGAUUUGAGAGAACUGAGAAGCUUUAUUCGUGUGCUCUUUUUUGUGACAAAAUCGAGUAAAUUAAAUCGAUUGCAAUACACACAUCGAUUUCUGUUUUAAUAUCGAUUAUUUUUUGGUAAUACUUAAAAGUGCCUUAAAAUGCUUCGUGCCUUAAUAUUUUUGAGACAAAAUGUCUGUUUAUGACUUUGCUAUGAAUUAAUUCAAUUCUAAUAUUAAACACGCCAUACAUACUUAUUUUGACUUCAUUUGAUAUAUUAAAAAGCUAAGUUUUUUUUCUAAGUUAAAUGUUCUCACAAAUCUGUCCCCACCUUGAUCAGAGCCAAUGAUUCGUUGUUUUUCGUUUUUAUUUUUUUUUUGAUAAUUUUUACUUUUAAAAAAUGUUUUCGACCGACAAAUAAAAUAGUAUUAUUCAGCCAAAUUAUGUAUCAUAAUUUGCGAAUAUAAAAUAUGUACAGUUUUGUUUUAUGUAUCUAUUGUAAGGGCGUUAGGGCCCUAUUUCAUUAAGACAACAUGGUUGUACGAUCAGUCGUCGACAACUAUAUGGUUGCGCAACUAAAUAGUUGCCGGCAACCGAGUCACCAGGUCACGCAACUGUUAAUUUACCAAACUAUGUUGAAUGGGUUAACAUUCUUUUACGUAGUACAACUCAUACAAAACAAAAGAACACUUUUCGAAUUUAAUUUUUUAAACUGACAUUCUUGGUACCUAGUUGUUUUGGUGUCACUUAUACGAGGUUUAAAAACAUGGUGGCGCAACUAGUUGCCUGUACAGUGUUGUCCUAAUGAAAUAGAGUCCUGAAUCGACGGUUAUAUUUUUAUAACGAGGUAGUUAGGUAGCUUGAGUGAGUGGUUUAUGUGAUUAUUGUACUUAUGUGUGUCUGUGUGUGUAGAUAGCGACAUUAAAUAAUAUUCAGCAUCUACAUUCUACAGUAUGACCAUAUUUUUAUCGUGUCGAAAGUACUCUUUAAAUAAUGAAACAGAAUCGCUUUAUCGUUAUAUGAUAAUAAUAAUGUCGAUAGUUGAAAUAACCCCUCCCCUUAAAUGGGGGAUGGGGGAUUUACAAUAAUACCUACGUAUGGUAGAUGGUUUGCAAAUACUAAGGGUACAGUUAAGUGGCCGAAAUUUUUAUAGAUGCUAUUUAUUGAUAGUGGCUGGUCAUUUUUUCUGAACAUUUCUGCUUUUCAAUAAUUUAUUUUUCCAUACUAAAUAUUUUUUUAAUACUUUAAAAGUCCUUUGUCGCUCGCUAUCUGCACUGUAAUCGUAUAUUACAAUCCUUUUUGUAAUUUUAUACAACGUAGUGAACGAUAUCCAAGUGAUUUAUGUUUAUAAUUAUGAAAAAGAAACAAUGGUGCGCUUACAAUAAAUUCAACUUUACCCACAUGCUAAUAGGGUUCAAAAUCAAUUGCAGCUUUCUUUGUUUAAGCUGAGAAAUCCAUUGGAACAAAAGAUAAGCUAAUAAAUCCAUUUGAGUCCUAAUUUAAGGAUUUUUUUAGUCCUUAUAAUGUACGUGUGUGUAUGAAUAAGAGUUUCUGUGCUCACUUAUAUCAUUUUACAUAAUAAUUAUGUAUAUUCCUAUUGUAUACAAAAACGUAGUGAUUUUAUGGUAAGCGUCCACAGGCCCGCAUCGUACGCAUCGCACGCAACGGAUUUUAGUUUGUCUUGUAUAGAAACUUAUACAACUGCGUCCACUGAUCCGCAUCGUACGGACCGCUCGUCGGCAAUGCCUACAUGCGAUGCGUAUCGAUGACGUCAUACGGAAUCCGUACGAUGCGUGCGAUGCGACCUUUAGUGUGGUAUAUAAAAAUCUGUCCAUAAUAUUGGAAUCUUUACCAAAACGCUUUUACAGUUCGUUCAAGCGAUUUUGACUUCUAUUUCUUUGGUACAGUGAUGUCGUUAAACGUAAAUAGUAAUAUGUAAUCUGUAAUUUUAAAAUAUGCCAUUGAUGCAUUUAUUUUUAUGUCUUAUGUCUAACGAAAUAGAUUUCAAAUUUGAUUGAAUUGAAAGGAUGUGAAUGUUUUGUUUUCUUAUAUUUUGGGGUAAUGAAAUAGUUUUUUAUUAGUGGCCUGCAUUAUAGUAGAACUAAAAAAAAGUCUGAAACAUGGGCCUAACUAAAUAAUGUUCCAAUUUCAAUAUUAUUGAUUCCUAAAUUAUGUUUCUUUUUAAUGAUAAAAUUCAAUGAAAGCAAUGUUUAGUUGUAAAAAUAAUAAUUGUUAAUUCUUAAUUCGAAUGUGUCUCUGUGUUUUUUAUAACUGGUAACACUUAAGUUAUUUUUUUAAUUACUUAAAGGUUUCACAAUUUAGUUGAACACAUUUUAGGCUGUGCUUACUUAGCUCCGUAGUGCCUUGAUGUCUAUAAAGUCUAGCCUUCAAAAAAAUCUAGAUUUUUAAAGAAAAAUCUGUAGGAAAAGUCAUUAGUGUGACGUAAUUUUUUACAACGGCAACACCAAUAAAAUAUCGUUCGAUAUUUGAAUUAUUAUGAUAUUUUUGUACAAUAAUUUAUACUUUUUUAAAACAAAAUCUUCGUAGAAAGGUUUUUAAGUCAAAUAAAAUGAACAAUUUGUUUGCAUUUUACUAUUAUUUUUAUUUAUAUUCGCUCUUAUGAGGUUUAGUUUUAAGAAUACGCUUAGUAAUUAAGUUUUAUUUAUUUAAAAAAGUCAAUAAAAAUGUUUUAUUAAAUUAAA